AUGGCAAAAUCAGGCAAUAUUCAGGAUUCUUGGCUUCAAGAUUUUGAUCCCCAAGAACAAAGAUGCUUUUUUGCAGCUUCAGAUUCCGGAUGGACCAAUAAUGAGCUCGGAUAUCGUUGGUUGGUGGAUGUUUUUGACAAAGAGACAAAAUCUCAAGCAAGCCGGGGCUGGCGGCUUCUAAUCCUUGAUGGCCAUGGCUCCGACGUCAACAUGAGGUUUAUUGAAUAUUGUGAUAAGAAUAGGAUAUUACUGGCGAUAUUUCCAGCUCAUGCAAUUCACACUUUACAGCCUCUGGACGUGGCUUUAUUUGCACCCCUUUCUAAGGCCUAUACCAAGGAAUUGAGGAAAUUUAUAGACGAUUGUCAAGGAUUGAGCCGGCUCAGCAAACGUGACUUUUUUCGGCUUUUUUGGGCUAGCUGGAAAGAAGCUUUUAUAAGCGAGAAUAUCAAUUCAGCCUUCAAAAAUACUGGCUUAUAUCCUUUCAAUCUGGAGCUCGUUAUACACCGGUUUACCCCCGAAUCCGAAAGCCGGCGAUCAUCAAGUGACUCUGCGGCUUCAAUUACCAAAGUAGACGGUUGUAGACGUAUUAGGAAGCUUGUGAGAGAGGUCGUUACUGAUAUUUAUGAUAAAAAAGCUCAAAAGCUUAACGACACCAUGCUUCAUCUUUCUACAGAGAAUAUCUUGCUUAAAACACAAGUUGAAGGCUUACAAAGAGCUCUUAUUACUGCAAAGAAAUGCCCAAAUAAGGAAAAAUCUUUACUACUGGAUUUACCUACACAAAAUGAAGGUGGUGCCAUCUUUUUUAGCCCACCCAAGGUUCAGCAAGCUCGAGAUCUUCAACUUCAAAAAGAUGAGGAUGCCGCGCACGAGCAAGCUCGUAAAGAUAAUAAAAAGCUUCAACAGCAGCUUACAAAGCAAGCUAAAGAGCUUGAAAAGGCUGAAAAAGCUCAAAUUUGGCAGCAACAGCGAGAACAGCGCCAACAAGAGGCUGCGGAGAAGCAACGUUUCAAGGAUAAGCAAGAGCUAGCUAAGCUAGCUGAUUUACAGCUCCAAAAAGACAUCCUAGAGACUAAAAGGUUCAUAAAAGGUCCGGCAGACUCGGCUCCCUGGGCGUUUUCGUUAGCUAAUCUAUAG